CCAGAGAUGACGGGCCUUCUCACACUGGCUUGGCUCCUGGCUUGUGUGCCUGCUGUGCCAGGGGGCUUGCUGGAGCUCAAGUCCAUGAUUGAGAAGGUGACCGGAAAAAACGCCCUUACGAACUACGGCUUCUACGGCUGCUACUGUGGCUGGGGAGGUCGGGGGACCCCCAAGGACGGCACUGAUUGGUGCUGUUGGGUGCACGACCACUGCUAUGGUCGGCUGGAGGAGAAAGGCUGCCAUAUCUGGACACAAGCAUACAAAUACGGAUUUGCACGGGGACUGGUCACCUGUGCGCUCGGGGCCCACUGCCAAGUGCAGCUCUGUGCCUGUGACCGGAAGCUCGUCUACUGCCUGAAGAGGAACCUGAGAAGCUACAAUACCCAUUACCGAUACUUUCCCAACAUCCUCUGCUUCUAGCGGCCCUCAAGACCACCCCCCCCACCUCCUGCAACGCGGAGCUCACCCACU